CGCCCUGCCCUCCCUGCCCUGCCCUGCCCUUCCCGCCGUCCCUCUACUAUGUACAACUUCGUGGUCCGCGAUCGGAACAGUUCGGUCUACGCUGAAGUGGGCAAAGUGCUGCUGUCCUCGGGGCAGUGGCGGAGGCUGAAGAAGGACAACCCCAGGUUUAACCUGAUGCUGGGCGAGAGGAACAAGCUGCCGUUCGGGACACUGGGUCAUGAACCAGGACUCUCACAACUUGUGAAUUACUAUAGGGGUGCUGACAAGCUUUGCCGCAAGGCUUCGUUAGUUAAACUGAUCAAGUCAAUCCCAGAACUUAUGGAAUCAUGCACAUGGUUUCCUGAAUCGUAUGUGAUUUAUCCCAUGGGUGCUAAUACCACUGUGGAGUUGGCAAAGAAUGGCUUCAGAGCUCAAAGGAUUAUUCCGAGGACAGACGAUCGGGAAGCAUUCCUGGCAUCUUACAACAAGAGACUUGGGAAUGUAGAUGAAAAUGUGUGGAUAGCCAAAUCUUCAGCAGGUGCCAAAGGAGCUGGAAUUUUGAUCUCCUCUGAUGCCAAUGAACUAUUGGACUACAUAGAUAAUCAAGGACAAGUUCAUGUGAUUCAGAAAUACCUUGAGAGACCUUUAUUAUUAGAACCAGGACAUCGCAAAUUUGAUAUAAGAAGCUGGGUCCUGCUGGAUCAUCACUAUAACAUUUACCUCUACAAGGAGGGUGUUUUGCGGACUUCCUCUGAACCAUACAACAGCACUGACUUUCAGGAUAAAACCAGCCAUCUAACGAAUCAUUGCAUUCAGAAAGAAUUAUCCAAAAAUUAUGGGAAAUAUGAAGAUGGGAAUGAAAUGUUCUUCGAAGAAUUCAAUCAGUAUUUAAUGAACACUCAUAAUGUUAAUUUGGACAGCAGUAUUUUACCACAAAUCAAGCAAAUCAUAAGAAGCUGCCUCAUGUGUAUAGAGCCUGCAAUUGGCACUAAGCUUCUCCCAUACAACAGCUUUCAGCUCUUUGGCUUUGAUUUUAUGGUUGAUGAAGAUCUCAAGGUCUGGCUGAUUGAAGUAAAUGGAGCUCCAGCCUGUGCCCAAUGGACCACAAUGGGCUUUUACAAUCCUUACAUUCCUGUAUCGCUUUUUGUUUGGUCAUCUGGGAGUUUAACCUCCGAAAACCCAUCACCAUGCUUAAGAGUAUCCAAGCCAGACUGAGAGUUCCACUUAUGCAUGUCACCAGUUUACGCUGAGGUUAAUCAACGUGGAAUAGUUUGUCAAGGGAUGCAGUGGAGGCAGACAAUGUGGCAGUGAAUUUAAAGGUAAAAUUGGAUAUGCUUUGAUGAUGGAGUUUGGAGGAUAUGUGACAGAGGGAGACAGAUGGUACAUGAAAAUGGGACUGGCCAGAUGGACUAUAGUGGUCUUUUCUGAUUCUGCCGGUUCCUGUGUCCUAUACUUUGGGAAUGUCACGGUCCCCAGGUGGGACUGUGAAUAUGUCAGGCAAAGAAAACCAACCAAUUGAAGGAUGUAAGGUGAGAUGGAUAUUUUCAAAUUCUUUGGAUUUUUUGGAAGGAGAGAGGCACUAUGUUUCCCUCAUAAGGAAACUGAAUGGGUAGUGUCCACGAUAGUGCUCUACUACACUCUGUAUUGUCUUCUGUAUUUAUGCAGAGUAACAUAUUACUCAAGUACAUAUUACUGACCCUACUAUGCCAAAGAUAAAAAAUUUAGGAUUUUGAGAUUUUGAACCUUUAAAAUCUUUGAUUCUAAUAUCAGGCCUUUUAGUUCUCAGACUUGAAUUAAUAUUUUGGAUCAGGAAAUGAAAAUUUAAUAAUAAUGUUGCAACACAAGAAUAUAAGGAGGAUAGUGAUCGAAAUAAUAGGUAAGAUGAGCUGGUCUGUAUUUUUAAAGAAAGUUUUCCAUGAAGGAUAUGUCACAAGAGGAAAAUGUUUGUAAAUACAACUUUUCUGUCCUUGUGUUUUCCUUUACUUUCCUGAAAUCACUGACAUACUGAAAUACAUGAGAACCAUCAAAUCUCUGCUAACUUACCCAAGAAGCCAUUCUCCAUGUGUAAACCCAGAGGGUGCAUCUAUAGUCUGUACAACCAUAUAAUUGACAGUGGUCAAAAAGACCUCAUGUGAUGCCUACACAUGCAGCUUCCAGGCGUCACUGGGUAGUGAGAACUCUAAAUGAUCCACCCCCCACCCGAUUGGGAUUUUAUUGUUCUCUUGGCUGUGUCUCUCAUAUUUU